GGUUGUAAAUUCCUUACGUUCAGCAUUCUGCAAAUCUUAGAAAGUCCGAAGAAUUGGUUGAAAUUGGGGUACAAAAAUUUCGUAUAGGUAAUCAGAAAUGACUUCUCCAAGAUCAAUUCGGGGAAAGAACUCAGUUACCUCACUGGGUUCUAAAAAAUCACUGAACACGUACCUGGCGAGCUCUUUAAUGAGUCAUGAUAGUAUUUUUGAUGGUCCUGGUUUAGGAACAAGUAUCCCAUCUAGUAUAUCUAGCUUCCAUCAUAAAACACAGCGAGGCUCCUCUGAUGCUAGUGUAAGUCAAUUUAGCAUGGACUAUUUGCAGUCUGAAUACAACUUGAGUCGAUAUAAUGACACAGAAUCUAUUGCAGCAGCUAGCAGCGUAGAUUACCCCAACAUCUACCGCGACAAUGGCUCUGCUGUUUACAGUGAUGAAGAAGAGAUCACAGAGAUGAUGCUAGAAGAACAUAACUUCCACCCUAUCUUGCGACGUGAAUCUCCUGGAGAAGCUGCAGGAAUAAGUGAAGAUGGAUGUUGCCAGAUUUUGUACUUGGUCGAAGAAGACCUUGAGGUUGGAAUUGCUGGCUACAGGACCAAUAAACUCCGUGCUAGGAUAUACAAUUUAAUAUGUAUUUUAACAUUUGGUCUCGUUUACUUAAUAAUGAGAUGGCUUCCUAGGCAUUACAUUCGAUUUAUUGGUAAACGUGAACCCCUUGCUACUGCGGAAUGGCUUAGCAUUGAAACUCAAUAUGGUGAAAUUUCGAAGUCUGACAUUCAGGUUCAGCCUUACGAGAACUCUUUAUCAACUAUAUUUGGUGCCUCUAUUCGCGUAGCUACGUCUGAAGGUACCGAUAAUGAUCCUUUUGUUGAAAACUUUCGUUAUGUAAAUUAUCGCUAUAUGAAACUAAUUUUUCACCCAAUCUUAGAAAGAUUUCUUAUUCAACAGGAUUGGAAAGAUCCUCGCUGGAUUCGUGAUACCAAUGUUGUUAAGGAAGGUUUGGAACGUGAUGCUAUUAAUGAUCGAACGAAAAUUUUUGGCCAAAAUAUUAUUGACUUGGAAACAAAAGGUGUUAUUCAGCUCUUGGUGGAUGAAGUCCUCCAUCCUUUCUAUAUCUUUCAAGUUUUUUCCAUCAUCCUGUGGUCUUUAGAUGCUUAUUAUUAUUAUGCUAUUUGCAUCUUCCUUAUUUCAGUAGUAUCUAUCAUUGGAAGCUUAAUUGAAACACGAACUACUCUGAAGCGUAUGCGAGAAAUGUCUAGGUUUACUUGCCCUGUGCGUGUCUAUCGUGAUGGCUUUUGGGCUAGUAUUCCAUCCAGUGACUUGGUUGUUGGCGACGUCUUUGAAAUCUCUGAUCCAGAACUGACGGUAUUUCCAGCUGAUGCACUUUUGCUUUCCGGUGACUGCAUCGUCAAUGAAAGUAUGUUAACUGGUGAAUCUAUUCCGGUUUCAAAAAUCCCUGCAACCAAUCAAGGAAUGAAAGAUCUUUUUGCUUUUUCUAGAAUUAUUCCUCCUUCCCUCUCCAAACAUUUCCUUUUUGGAGGAACAAAAAUAAUUCAAGUGCGUAAACCAUUUGUAAAUGAGAAAGAAGAAGGUGCUUCUCUCGCUAUGGUUAUUCGUACUGGUUUCAAUACUACUAAAGGAGCUCUAGUACGAUCCAUGAUUUUCCCUAAGCCAACAAAUUUUGGAUUUUACCGCGAUUCAUUUAGAUUUAUCACUGCUAUGUUCAUUAUCGCUGUUAUUGGAUUUGUAUUUAGCUCUAUUAAUCUACUAACCAUAGGAGUCCCCGCUAAAACUAUAAUUAUUCGUGCGCUGGAUUUAAUCACCAUCGUAGUUCCUCCUGCCUUACCGGCUACUCUUACCAUCGGUACUACAUUUGCAAUCUCGAGAUUAAGAAAGCAGGGGAUAUUUUGCAUCAGUCCUCAGCGCGUGAAUGUGAGUGGAAAGCUUGAUCUCAUUAGUUUUGAUAAAACGGGAACGCUAACAGAAGAUGGACUUGAUAUUAUGGGUGUCUCCGUUAUUGAAGACUCUAAGUUAACUGAUUUACGAAAUAAUCCUAGUACAUUAUGUUCGAAAGAUUUGCUUUCUAAUGAUAGCCCGUCUAAUUUGUUAUUCACGAUGGCUACUUGCCAUAUGCUUCGUCGUGUGGAAGGCGAAUUAUUAGGAGAUCCGUUGGAUAUGAAAAUGUUUGAGUUUACGGAUUGGACAUAUUCUGAAGAGAACUUUACAAAUAAGCUGACUUCUUCUGAGCAGUCCGAAGAUGCUGCUUAUAUGAGAACUCAACAGCUAAUACCUCCUACCGUGUCACCUCCAUGGAAUGAUCCCUCAAUUAAUUACUCCGAAAGCGAUUUGGAACUUGGUAUAAUUCGAACUUUCGAAUUUGUUUCCCAACUCCGCCGCAUGGCUGUUAUAGUGAAACAUGGACAAUAUAAGAAGAUGGAUAUCUAUGUGAAGGGUGCUCCUGAGGUCAUGCCUUCUAUCUGCAAACCAGAGUCCUUUCCUGAAAAUUAUCAGGAGGUAUUAGACUACUAUACUCAUAAUGGUUUUCGCGUUAUAGCUUGCGCAUCUAAACAUUUGGAGAAUUGUACCUGGGCGAAAGCACAGAGGAUGAAACGGACACAAGUUGAAUCCGAUUUGGACUUCUGUGGAUUAAUUGUUUUUGAGAAUAAACUGAAAUCUUCCACUAUUCCGGUUAUUAAUGAAUUAGAAGAUUCAAAGAUUAGAACAGUUAUGUGCACUGGCGACAAUGUAUUGACUUCUAUAUGUGUGGGCAAACGGUGUGGUAUGCUUCCACAAGAUGGUUUGGUAUUUGUACCACGAUUUGAGGAAGAAGAAUUAAUCGGAGAUAUCGCAUCUCGUAAACUCAUCUGGCAAUCCAUUGAGGAUAACGACGUAUACUUGGAUCCACAGACCCUUCAUCCUGUGGUUGAUUCAGCGAGUCGCAAUUUAUUAUCGAGUGAAUUUAAACGAUUUAAAUCUUAUCAUAUGGCUAUAACAGGCGAUGUAUUUCGCUGGUUAGUUGAUUAUGCCCCAGUUGAGCUUUUUAACGCUAUAUUACUUAAAACACAAAUUUUUGCUAGAAUGUCUCCUUCUGAAAAGAAUGAGUUGGUUUCAUGCUUUCAAAAACUGGACUACUGCGUUGGUUUUUGUGGUGACGGUGCGAAUGAUUGUGGUGCCCUAAAGGCUGCUGACGUUGGUAUUUCGCUUUCUGAAGCUGAAGCUUCUGUGGCUGCUCCUUUUACUAGUCGGUGGUUUGAAAUUUCUUGUGUGCUUGAUGUCAUCAAAGAUGGUCGUGCCGCAUUGGUUACAAGCUUUGGUUGCUUCCAAUAUAUGGCUCUGUAUUCUGCAAUUCAAUUUGUAACCGUCAGUAUGUUGUAUACGACAAAUUCAAACUUAGGUGACUUUCAGUUCUUAUUUAUUGACUUGGCGAUUAUUCUACCAAUUGCCGUAUUUAUGGGACGAUCAAAACCUUUUCAUAGACUAGCUCAGAAACGUCCUACAGCCAAUUUGGUUUCAAAGCGGAUUUUGUCCCCCUUGCUUGGGCAAAUCUUUUUCAUUUGCACAUUUCAGUAUAUAAUUCUCAGACUUGUUCGCCAACAGCCUUGGUAUAUCCCUCCUCCUGCUGCUGGAUCUGAAAAAUCAAGCAUUGCAAAUAGCGAUGUAACGAGCUUAUUUUUGUUUUCUGUUUUUCAGUAUAUAUUGAUAGGUCUCGUAUUGACAGUGGGUCCUCCAUAUAGACAAAGGAUGUGGAGAAACGUAUCUUUUACUGUUUCAAUAUGCGCUUUGUUGGGAAUUGCCGUUUCCUUAACCAAGCUUCAUGAUAGAAACAAUUAUUUCAUGAAGGUUUUUCGUCUUACGCCCAUGUCGGACAAUUUUCAGAAUUUUAUUAUAUUCUGUGCGCUAAUUUAUUAUGUUUGUGCUGCUAGUGGCCAGCAGUAUAUAUUUACAGGUUUGGUUAAUACUAUUUCGAGACUUUAUCGACGGUUGCAGAAUAAAAGGAAAGUGUCAAAAAAGCUUUACAAACGGCUGUCUGCUAAAUUGCAUAAUGAACAGGUAUAGACGACAUUGUGUUUUUUGGCUUUUAUUUUUUGGUUCUUAGUUUUAUAGGUUUUUUUAUAAUAAUGACCAUGAAAUCUCUUUUGUAAGUUAAUCAAUUUAUAUUGAGUGAUAUAGAUAGUCAAUAGAGGAGGUGUCAUGUAUGGCUUUGUUCAUAGUCUAUUUUAGAAGGAUGAUAAUUUUUAGUUGUACACAGCUGAUAAUAAUAGAUUGCUUUUUUGUUGUUA